CAAUUAAAUAUUUAAUAUAACUGUAAUUUUCCAUAUAUGUACAUAUAAACCAUAGGAAUGCAAAACUUGUCAAUUUCCUGCUCAUUGGUGUGCCUAAUUAUACUGGGCAGCGCAGCAUUGGUGGGCGCGUUCGGUGUUUGCCAGCGUCAAAUAAGCGCCAUACUAAUCACAGGCGUCAUGUAUCUACUAGCGGCACUCUUUGCGCUCUUCACGCUUAUGAUUAUACAUUUUAAACGGCAACAAGGACGUCCCAUGUUGGAUAGCGACUAUGAUGGCACCGUUGACGGUAUUGUGGCGCGACCGGGCGGCGUAGCAAUUAUGGCUAAACCCUUAUUGGGUGCACGCAUAUUUCUGACAUCAUGGAGUUUGGAUUUGGGUUGGGGCGGUGUUGUCUUGUGCGGCAUAACGUCAGUGUUAUGGAUUUUGCUGUCGAAAAUUAUGCGUUACAAUCCAUUUUCAGCGCUAAUGAUUUAGUCGUUGGAGGUCGUCUAAGGUCGCACAAGGCCGUGCAGGCGUUGGAGGUGCGUAUCAAGUGACAAAGCGAUUAUAAUUGCAAGCUUACGCAUGGAAACGGUCGAGGACUUCGUCGAAAUGUGUACGUGUACAAAUAAAUGUACGGGUGAAAUAUUUUAGUAAAUCCAGCGAAUUACAAAGCGCUGCACUUGGUUAGUUACGCAACGUAAUUAAAGUGUAAAUGUAACUUUAACUGUUGAACAAGCAAACAUAUGACAGGCACAAAAUAAACUGACUAAAAUAGUGCUGCUUUGACAAAUAAUACGAGAAAUAACUCUAAAUAUUAAUGUAAUAUU